GGGCGGCAGUGGCCGCGGGAGACAGUUGCUUGUUGGCAGCCGAGCGGAGGAGAGGUCGCGCGUGCGUGCCUCGCGUUGUCGCUGCUGGUUGUUGUUUGCUCGUGUAGUCGGUCGGCGAGUGUCGCGGGGAGUGUGAUAUGUGCGACGGUUGGCGCGCUAGCCGCAGGGAGACGCUGGCGGGACCGUGUGGCGAUCUGCGGCGCCCGAGCGACCUCAUGAAUGGACGCCGCGCAUGAUGUAGAGCCCGUACUAGCCGAGUACUACUGCUGCUACUACUACGCGCGCUACGGACAUCGCCGCUGACAUGUUGAUGAUGGUGUCGUUCCCGACGGUCGCUCGACGUUAGGGAGCACUAGACAAUUGAAUAGUUCCGCCUUUGUUCCUCGGGUUUCCUGAGUUGCGCCGUGUGAGUGUGUAGGGAAAUGUUUUGUUGGAGCUGCGCGGGGAGGCGGGGGCGGUGGGUCUGGCUGCUGACGGCCAUAGUCCUUCCCGCCCUGGCGCUGCAGCAGUCGGAGCUCGCCGCUCGCAAGGAAGGGGUGUGCCAGAGCGUGGACGUGCGCAACGACGCCAAGUCGUUCGAGCGGCUGCGCGGCUGCCGCGUGGUGGAGGGCUUCGUGCACAUCCUGCUGAUGGACCGCACCGACGAGGCGAGCCUCGAGAACGUGACCUUCCCGGAGCUGCGCGAGAUCACAGACUACCUGCUGCUGUACCGCGUGACCGGCCUGCGCUCCGUGGGCCGCCUGUUCCCCAACCUGGCCGUGGUGCGCGGCCGCACGCUCUUCUUCAACUACGCGCUCGUCGUCUUCGAGAUGAUGCAUCUGCAGGAGAUCGGGCUGCACUCGCUGACGGACGUGUUGCGCGGCAGUGUGCGCAUCGAGAAGAACCCGCUGCUGUGCUACGUGGACACCGUCGACUGGGACGCCGUGGCCAGGAACGGCAAGGGCGAGCACUUCAUCAAGGGCAACCGGCAGAAGAACGAGUGUCCGAUGUGCCCGUCACUCGAUAAGCUGCGCUGUCCGCUGAUGCCUGUCACCAAGGAGGUGCUGUGCUGGAACAGGCACAAGUGCCAGAAAAUUUGUCCCGAGUCCUGUGGAUCAUGCUCAUCCAAGGGUGAAUGUUGCCACGAGAACUGUUUGGGAGGCUGCACUGGACCCAAUGCCAAUCAAUGUGUCGUUUGCAAGGACUUCAAGUCUGGAGAUAAAUGUGUCAAACACUGCGACAACGAUACCUAUGAGUUUAUGAACAGGCGGUGCAUCUCGGAGGAAGAAUGCUUCAACAUGCCACAGCCAAAGGAGCUGUCCAACGAUUACCUUCGCCGUCCGAAACCGUGGAAGCCUUUCAACAAUACGUGCAUGUUGGACUGCCCACCUGACUACAUGGAGACUCAGGACAGCAGGCAAAACUAUCGCUGUACACCAUGCCAAGGGCCCUGCCGUAGGGAGUGUGAUGGAGCGAAUGUGGACAGCAUUGCAUCGGCUCAGAAACUGCAUGGCUGUACGUACAUCAAAGGCUCACUGGAGAUCCAGAUUCGAGGAGGAAAGAACAUUGUACGAGAACUAGAAGAGAGUCUGAGCAUGAUAGAAGAAAUUGAAGGUUCCUUGAAGAUUGUCCGUUCUUUUCCUCUGAUUUCGCUCAACUUCCUAAAAAAUCUUCACAUUAUUCAUGGGAAGAAACUAGAUUCUGACAAGUAUGCUUUCGUUGUGCUGGACAACCAGAACCUUCAAGAGCUGUGGGACUGGGACACACGGCCAACGAACUUGGUGAUCAGGAAGGGGCGCUUGUUCUUCCACUUCAACCCUAAGCUGUGCCUCAACAAGAUACAGAAACUUGCGCAGGUCACCAACAUCACAAAAUUGGAGGAUACGGAAGUGGCCAAGAAUUCGAAUGGGGAUAAAGUUGCUUGUAACAUUAAAACUCUUGAUGUAGAGAUAAGCUUAAGGAUGUCGAUGGGCGUGAUCAUUCGAUGGAAGAAGUUUGAGCAUUAUGACCCACGCUCUGUGCUCAACUAUGUUGUGUACUCCAUAGAAGCGCCUUAUCGGAAUGUCACUCUUUAUGAUGGACGAGAUGCAUGUGGGACGGACGGAUGGAAAGUGGAUGAUGUGGAUGUGCCGGAAGAGGACGUGGUAGAUCAUCCCUUGACAAAGUUGAAGCCGUUCACUCAGUAUGCGUUCUAUGUCAAGACUUAUACCAUCUCGACGGAGCGUACUGGAGCUCAGAGCCCUAUCUACUACGUCACAACUUUGCCAGAUACUCCCUCGCAGCCCCAGCUACUGCGGGUGUCCUCUGAGUCGAGCUCGUCCAUGCAGGUGGAGUGGCAGGCUCCCACGGAGCCCAAGGGCAACAUCACGCACUACAUCGUGUCGGGCCACUGGGUCAUGGAUGACUCCAGCAUCCUGGACUCCAGGAACUACUGCAACGACUCCAUAACACCCCCUGAGCAAAAGCCAGUGAUAAUGGUAACGGACAGAAGCACGCCAAAACCUGCAGAUGCUACCUGUUCCUGCGAGAAAGAAGACAAAAGCGAAAACAAUCACAUCGAGGAAGCUGAGGUUCAGUUCCAGAUAGACUUUGAAAAUACUCUUCACAACAUGGUGUACAUCAAAAGGCCUGGCAACAGGAGCAAACGAGAAGUUGCAGGAGGCAACCUGUUGAUGUUCAACGAUGACAGAAGGAAGAGAAUCGAAGAAGAUCCUGGCAAUACAACAUUCUUCAACAAACUUGUAGAUGGUGUUUACCGCAGCUUCAAUGUGAAAGUGUUUGAUCGCUUCAAGUUUGAAAUGACGAAUCUCAGUCACUUUGCAGAGUACAAUAUUGAAGUGCGAGCAUGUCGGGAAAGAGUGCCAGAAGAUUCAAAGGAUGCUGCAAUCUGCAGUGAGCCGAGUUAUGCGACAAUUCGUACCCUGAAACUAGCCUAUGCUGAUACCAUCGACCCAAAGUCCUUUGUGGUCGAAGUGACAAAUCAGAGCAGAGUGAAGCUGAAGUGGGAGGAGCCACGUCGACCGAAUGGAAUCAUCGUUGCUUAUCACAUAGAAUAUCGCUUAGUUGACAUUGAAAAUUACAAGGCCACCCCAGAAUGUAUCCCAAGCACCACAUAUCAGAAGGAUGGUUAUUACGUUUUGAGGAGGCUCCAGCCAGGAAACUAUAGCGUCCAGGUACGAGCCAUUUCAUUCGCUGGCAACGGGGACUACACACCCAAGAGAUAUUUCUACAUAAAGGACACAUCAUCUUCUGGAUUCGAUUUGCUUAUUGGAGCCUUAGUUGGUACUGUCCUUGUGCUAAUGCUGAUUUUUGCGGGUGCAUACUUUUUAAGGCGCAAGUACAUUCCAGGAGUACCAAAUAUGCGGCUCAUUGCAUCCGUUAAUCCAGAAUACGUUAGCACAGUGUACGUGCCAGAUGAAUGGGAGGUCCCAAGGAAGAAGAUAGAUUUGCUGCGAGAGCUGGGUCAGGGAUCCUUCGGCAUGGUCUACGAAGGCAUAUGCCACGACGUGGUGGAAGGGCAGCCGGAGAUCCGGUGUGCCAUCAAGACUGUCAAUGAGAACGCCACCGACCGAGAGCGGAGUGAAUUUCUUAAUGAGGCUUCUGUUAUGAAGUCGUUCAACACCCACCAUGUAGUGAAGCUGCUAGGCGUGGUGUCUCAGGGACAACCUGUUCUAGUUGUAAUGGAACUGAUGGCGUUUGGAGACCUGAAGACCUAUCUUCGUUCCCAUCGUCCAGACUCUGGAGAAAAGGAAAAUAUAGCAAUGCAGCCACCUACUCUGAAGCAAAUCCUGCAGAUGGCCAUAGAGAUCGCGGACGGGAUGGCGUACCUCACGGCCAAGAAGUACGUCCACCGGGACCUGGCUGCCCGCAACUGCAUGGUCGCAGAGGACCUGACCGUGAAGAUAGGAGACUUCGGCAUGACGCGCGACAUUUACGAGACGGACUACUACAGGAAAGGCACCAAGGGGCUGCUGCCGGUCCGGUGGAUGGCCCCGGAGAGCCUGAAGGACGGCGUGUUCACGAGCUGCUCCGACGUGUGGAGCUAUGGUGUGGUGCUGUGGGAGAUGGCGACACUCGCGUCCCAGCCCUACCAGGGCUUGUCGAACGACCAAGUGCUACGCUACGUGAUAGACGGUGGCGUGAUGGAGCGCCCGGAGAACUGUCCGGAUCGCCUGUACGAACUGAUGAGGUUGUGCUGGCAGCAGAAGCCCCUCACGCGACCGUCGUUCAUGGACCUUGUGGAGCUGUUGCUGCCAGAAGUGUCUGCGAGGUUUCACGAGGUGUCGUACUACCACACGGCGGAGGCCGAGGACGCACGGGCCCAGCACAUGUCGGCCACGCUCGCCGCCUCCAACGACCCCUCGACCCCUCUGCGUAUCACGAGGGACAUCGAGGACUUCUCCCUCGGCGACUCGGACGCCGACGAAGGGGAUCUCGAGGAUGAAGCGGUCGACGACGUGUCGUUCCCCAACUCCCAGCCCAACCCCCACUACCACAGCAUGUCCCCCACGCGCGCUGCGCCCCCUGCCGUCUCGAGUCGCGGCAGCCAGGCGGGCAAGGUGGGGAACGGCAGCACCGUCACCACGCCGACGACGGCCAACGGGUGGAUCGGUAGCCACCAGAGCAACGGUACCAACAGUUUGGCGAACUCGAGUGUGGUCAUGAAGACGACAGAGUGUUGACGUGGGGACUCUCUACCUCGUAAGAGAGACUACUGUGAAAAGUUGCGAGUUAAAUAUCUUGGCUAAUUAGCUGAAGUGCAUAAAGAGUAAAUAGUUAUAAAAUGACAUUUUGAUUCUGACUUGUAAUAAACGUGAUCUGUGUUUGAGACAUUUGUCAGGGAAAUAGAUGUAAGUGUAGAUACGAGGACUCUGUUGAGUUUAGAGCCACUGUAUUCUGUACUGCCCCAAAUGGAAGGUUUUUUACUGGCUGUGUACAGCCGUGGGUUGGGGGCAACCAUUACCGUCCGUACCUGCUAUUACACAACUUCGAACAGCUGUUAAUAUUUAUUUUAUAAUCUUAUAUUUUUGUUCACAAGUUCCUAUUUUGUAAUAUGUAUUUUUACUUUGUAUGUGUCCUUUCUGUUUCCUAAAUGGUGUGUUGUGUGGGUUUGCGCACAGUCAUUAUAUUUUACUUGGAUUUUUUUAAACCCAUGGUCAUUAGCCAGUUUAGACCUUCCAUAAUCAGCCAUUAUCACAUCAUCAGUUAUAAAAAUAACAAAUGUUUGAUGUAAGUGAAACAUGUUGCAUUUUUCAGGUGUUCAAAAGUGUGAAACUUGCCCGGUAACGUAGAUUCCUAACUCAUACGACUGCAAUUUAGUUUGAGACUGCUGUAUAUUUCUCAAUAAGAACUGGUACACUAGGUGCCAAAAUAUUAUUAUAGAUGUUUAACUUAUUUACUUGAUAGUAUUUUUGAGUAAUGUAGAACUAGCAAGUGGUGUAGUUUUUGUUUUUAGUUUUAUGUUCAGUGUUAAUUCAGCUGAAGAGAGAGAAAAAUAAACGUUCAUUCCAUAACAUGAUUAUCCUAGCAAAGUAAUAAAAAACGUAAUAAAUAAAGCAUAUCAGAAGGCAAGCUAAUUUAUUUUUCACAUUUUGUGGAAGAAAGUGGUAGAUUUAUUAUUAAUCAACGUUUCUUUUGUUGAACAAUGUAUUGUAACAGUAUUUUAUGAGACUCCAAAAAAUGCUCAUUCAAAGUUCCACGUGUAAAUAAAUAUAUUACAACUCUAAAAA